AUGGUGAUGAAGCUCAUGCUUGCUGUUGGCUCUAUUGACGUGACGGUGGACACUGUGCAGGAGCUGAUGGUGGCUGCAGACAUGCUGCAGUUGAGUGAGGUGGUGGAUAUAUGUGGAGAAUUCCUGCGGGCUCAUAUGGACCCAUCCAACUGUGUGGGGAUCUAUCGCUUUUUGGAGCAGAUCGCCUGUAUGGAGCUGCUACAGUUCACUGAAGACUACAUCCAUGUCCACUUUCUAGAGGAGAGAAAUGCUUUCUUCUUCACUGAGUUGAUUGUUGUGUGUUUGUCAGGCGUCACUCGUCCUAAAGUGAGCGUCCUGCCGCCCUCCAGUGCAGAGAUCUCCUCAAAGAAGACAGCGACACUGGUGUGUGUGGCCAGCAAGGGCUUCCCGUCAGACUGGAGCCUGAGCUGGAAGGUGGACGGGAGCAGCAGGUCUCAGGAGAGCAGCGCUGGGCUCCUGGAGAAGGACGGUCUGUACAGCUGGAGCAGCAGCCUGACUCUCUCUGAGCAGGAGUGGAUGGAGAGCGUCUCAGUGAGCUGUGAGGCCACACGGAGCGGCCAGCCUGCGCUCACUGGACACGUGACGAGACAGCAGUGUUCAGAGUAGAUCUGCUGCUCUUCUCACUCAUGUCUCACAUGGAGACUAACAGCACAUGAGCGACUCCUUCAUUCUCCACAUCCAGCUUCAGUCGCUCGCAUCUGCAUCUGCUCUGCUUUGUGUGCUUCAUACAAGACUAUAUGUGUGAUUUGAUUAAAAUUCAGUCAUUAAAUAAAAUAUAAUUGUCACUCUG